CUUUAAUCUCUUCGCAUUAGCUACGAGCUGCCGAGAGACGGUGCUAUUAUAUUGAGCCUUUCUUAAGCACAAGUGGACUAUCCCGGGCUAAAAUGGCCUCGUUGGGGGAACCUGUGAGACUAGAAAGAGACAUCUCUCGUGCCAUCGAGCUACUGGACAAGCUCCAGAGGACAGGGGAAGUACCUCCCCAGAAGCUGCAGGCCCUGCAGAGGGUUUUGCAAAGCGAAUUCUGCAAUGCUGUCCGGGAGGUUUAUGAACAUGUGUAUGAGACAGUGGACAUUAACAGCAGUCCAGAAGUCCGAGCCAAUGCCACAGCAAAGGCCACGGUGGCAGCAUUUGCUGCUAGCGAGGGGCACUCCCACCCUCGUGUUGUGGAGCUCCCGAAGACAGAGGAGGGUCUAGGCUUUAACAUCAUGGGAGGGAAGGAACAGAAUUCGCCCAUCUACAUCUCCCGCAUAAUCCCUGGAGGCAUUGCUGACCGACAUGGCGGCCUGAAGAGGGGAGAUCAGCUGCUGUCUGUCAACGGAGUAAGUGUGGAGGGGGAGCACCAUGAGAAGGCAGUGGAGCUGUUAAAGGCAGCUCAGGGCACGGUCAAGCUGGUGGUUCGCUAUACCCCUAAAGUGCUGGAAGAGAUGGAGUCCCGAUUCGAGAAAUUGCGAUCUGCUAAACGCCGGCAACAGAACAACUACCCACAGUAGGGCAGUCUCCCUCCGGCCCUCACAUCUUUUGCUCUCUCUCUCUGGCCCUCACAUCACUCCCCCCCUCUCUCUGUCUUUCUCUCUGUCUUUCUCUCUCUUUCUGUCUCUCUCUCUCUCUCUCAUGCUCUCUCUGUCAUACUGUCAUAUAUUCUGCCCUUCUGCUCAUCCCCAUGUGCUCUCUUCCUCUGCCCAGGGAUUGGCCACAUGUAUGGCACUUCUUUUUCUCUUUUUCUGGAAUUUUCUAAAACUGUCACCACCUUAAUUUUGAACACACCUUUCACAGUCUUGUGGCAUGAACACUACUUAUUUUUUAUUUUUAUUUUUUUUUUAAAUACAGGCACACUCACAAACACAGACACUCAUUGUACUCUGUAUGUGCAUUACUGAAACUGUUCUGUCAAUCAGAGGUUGAUUGGUCAGGAUUGCAAGGGGACCACCACCAUCAUCUGCUCCUGAGGUGAUUUAAACAAAAUGUCAAAAGUAAGUCAAAAGUGCCUCAAGAGCUAAAGAAAACGGAAUGUCUCUUAAAUGCAAUGUGGUUCUCACUGUACUGUACGCCACCUAUGGUGAAAUAAGAGGAAAAUGAAUGAACACUUCCACCUUGUAAAAUCUAGAUGAGGUUAAGCAGUUUGUGGAAAGUAGCUUCUUAAAAGGAACAAACAUGUCUUUGAUUGUGGUUAUCCGACCUUUCUUGCUUGCUUACAAGAAUAAAAAUUAUUUUCCACUAUUUAGCUGGAAAAAUAGCAGUGUCAUUACACAGUGAUCAGCUUGUAACAACACUAUUGUGACAUUUUUAUCCAUUUUUGUUUACUUGUUUAUUUUGAUUAAUAGUUUUGAUUCUUUUAAUUGUGAAAACUGUACUUAGUCCUGUCUCUGGGGGUCGACCGAAACGUGAAUGUGCCCUUAGUCAAGUAUGAUAUGUUUGACCACGCCUUCAUGCUGGUCUCUGUUCCAUUAGCUUUUGUUUUUGUUGCUUAUGUUCUAGGUUUGCUAGCGGAAAUCAUAAUUUUAGACCAACUUCAUGUUUAUUCUCACCAUCAUAGAAUCAUCUUGACACUGCAAGGUAAUAUAAGAAAGCAGGAUGUUGAGAAAUCUUCCCCUUUUUUCUUUGAAUGUAGUAGAAUUGGUCCACCAGAUGUUAAGCACUGAUCCCUCAUGCUAGCCCCUCCCCCCUAAAAUAUGGCUAGGGGAAAAAUAUUUAUUUAGAUCGAGAUAUUUAUUGGUUUUAAAAUCACCCUAGAAAUAUUCUUUAUCACAAAAUUUGCUUUUACGUGUGUGCAGUAGCUUUUAGGUUAUUUGCUCUCCCUUUGGCCAGUACUUAAAGAAAAUAUGGUGAUCUUUUAGUUUUUGUUUUAUGAGAUGAUUUGUGGUUGUUUUUUAUCUGUUUCCCAUUGAUCAUUUAUUUACUUCAGUGACCGAGGUUCAAUGAAUAUUCUUUUUUUUAUUAUUACUCAUAACAAAACUAAGCAUAUUUUUUCCCCAGAUGUUUCCAAAAAUUGAUUUGUCCUAAAUCAGAGAGCGUCAUAUGGUAGCUUCGCAUUUAACUUCUUCUCCUUGUACUCAUUUCCGAAUGUUAAAAAAUGCAAAGCUCCAGAUGUAUUUUUAACCUCAAACGCAGGUAUUUUCAGUGUCUAACAAGCUCAGAAAAAAGCUGUCUAUUUUUCUCUGUCUCUCAUAAAAUAUUUAGCGCUUUUCUAAUUCUAGGCGCUCAUGAAUCAUCAGGAGCUGCGAGAUGCGUUGGUGCACGGAGAGAGGAGGGGUGGGAGAAGGGGCGGUCUGAUCUCUUGCGUAAGAGAAACAUUUGUGUGAUUGAAACUCGAAAAUGUUCGUUUAAAUCGGGUUGCAAAAGUGGACGCUUUGUUCUCUGAAGUUCUGGAAGAGCUCAGGUUGCAUUUCUCCUUCUCUGGCUUUCCGUGAUGUAACAUUUCUCAACCUGUUCCACUAAAGCAAUAAGACUUGCUCUUUUUUCCCCCCAGCACAUUGUUGUUAUUCACUGCUCACAAGUCUUCAUUAUUGUCCACUUUUUGGGGUGCUUACUAUUUUUGUAACCGCAUUUUCUUUUAAUAUUGCUCCCCUUUUUGAUAAAGGAUUUUUUUCAUGAGAUUUUUUCCAAGGAAUGAUUUGUAUUGCUUUUCUGAGUACAUUGUCCCUUACGUUUUCGAGUACAAAGACCAAACUUGCAGCCUUUCUGAGAACUAUUUGAUACCAUGUUGAAUGUCCAGUAUGCUAGUUUGGGACUGUUACUUUAAUGAACCUGAUGUUAUAUUGUAUCAUUUGGCAUUUCUCUGCUGUCCUGGUGUAUUGUUACAUUUAACGUUGAUGUAUAGAAUUACGACGAAUUACUUCUUAGAAUUACUUAAAAGUAAUGAGAUUUGAAGCUGCACAAAAUAAAAUACAGAUGAAUAUUG